AAGCAUGGCGGCGUCUAUUGCCAGGGGCUGUCGGACUACAAUGACGCUGGGCUGGAGCUUUCGAUGCACGUGGGAUCUGCGCCCUGCGCCGGCCUCUGUCGCCUGCCAGGCCCUCGCGGGGCAGAGCUGGCGGCAGAUCACUGGACCUUCUGAGCCCGGCGCGUUCCAGCCACCGCCGAAACCGAUUAUCGUGGACAAGCGCCGUCCCCAGCUCCGGGAAAGCAGGUUCUUGAGUCCUGAAUUCAUUCCUCCAAGGGGAAGAACAAAUCCUCUGAAAUUUCAAAUAGAAAGAAAAGAUAUGUUAGAAAGGAGAAAAAUACUCCACAUUCCAGAGUUCUAUGUUGGAAGCAUUCUUCGUGUUACUACUGCUGACCCAUAUGCCAGUGGAAAAACCAGCCAGUUUCUGGGAAUUUGCAUCCAGAGAUCAGGAACAGGACUUGGAGCUACUUUUAUCCUUAGGAAUACUAUUGAAGGACAAGGUGUUGAGAUUUGCUUUGAACUUUAUAAUCCUCGAAUCCAGGAGAUCCAAGUAGUCAAAUUACAGAAACGGCUGGAUGAUAGCUUGCUAUACUUGAGAGAUGCCCUUCCUGAAUACAGCACUUUUGAUAUGAAUAUGAAGCCAAUAGCACAAGAACCUAGCCAAGAAGUUCCUGUUAAUCAGCUGAAAGUAAAAAUGAAGCCCAAGCCGUGGUCCAAACGCUGGGAACGUCCAAAAUUUAAUAUUAAGGGGAUCAGAUUUGACCUUUGUUUAACUGAAGAGCAAAUGAAAGAAGCCCAGAAGUGGAGUCAGCCAUGGCUUGAGUUUGAUAUGAUGAGGGAAUAUGACACUUCAAAAAUUGAAACUGCAAUAUGGGAUGAAAUUGAAUCAUCAAAAAGUUCCUGAUCUGAGAAUGAGUUUGGUUACUUGCAGACUCUCUGACUCUGACUCUCAGAGGAUUUACUUAGAAACCAAUUUAAUCUCAUAUAUAAGGACAUAGUCAUUAAAUCAACCACAUUCAUUAUUUUAUGAAUAUUAUUUUAAAAAUUAGCACACCAGUUUAUUACUUUAAAAAGAAAAAUGUACAUGCCAAGUGGUCUGAUGUGCAUUCACUUAAUGGAGGUAAAGCUACAAUAGAGUCAAACUGUUGCCAGAAUGGUCUUCAUUGAGCUUGGAAUCUGAGCAAGGAAGUGGAUAGGAUGAUUUUUUAAAUUUGUGAAGUAAGUUAUAAAU